UUUUUGUCUCGCGCAGAGCCGCUGCAUGUUCAGUCAACAUGUCCUCGACUGAUGCUAAUAGUGGCUCCAGUCAAGCUGCAACUUUUCCUGGUGUUCCACCUUCAGGAAUCCCCCCGCCCUUUAUGGGACCACCAGGAAUCCCGCCUCACUUCCCUCCAAUGGGAAUGCCACCCAUGGGCCAGAGGCCGCCGAGUAUGGCUCCUAUGCCUCCAGGAAUCAUGCCCCCCAUGAUGCCCCCAAUGGGAGCGCCACCUAUGGGACAGAUGCCAGCCAUGAUACCACCAAUGAUGCCAGGGAUGAUGAUGCCCCCCCGUAUGCCCGCUGCAUCCAUUCAACCUACAGGACCGCCUGGCGUGGGUCCAAUAGAAUCUGCUGCACCAGCUGCUCCUGGAUCUGCAAGCACCACAUCGACUGAGUUGUCAACUGAUGAACAGACAAAAAAGAAGUCAAUGUGGACCGAGCACAAAUCACUGGAUGGAAAAACGUACUACUACAACACAGAGACCAAACAAUCCACCUGGGAGAAACCCGAUGAGCUCAAAUCUCCAGCUGAGCAAAUGUUGUCCAAGUGCCCUUGGAAGGAGUAUAAGUCAGACACCGGGAAACCCUAUUACUACAACUCACAGAGCAAAGAGUCUCGCUGGACUAAACCCAAAGAACUGGAGGAUCUGGAGGCAAUGAUAAAGGCAGAGGAAAAUGGGACGGCUGAUGUCGUGGCUCCGGGCACCACUCCUGUCCUUAUGGCUCAGAGCGAGGCUUCUGUUGCCAUGGCUGCAGUUGCUGAGACAGAGGCUACCAUGGUGACAGUCACCACAGAGGAGCAGCCAUCUCACGUGCCCGCUCAGGUUGCUGAGGUCAGCAGUGAUGUGACUGUGAACUCCACUGAGGAAACGCCCAGAGUUGAGACACAACCCAGUAAUGAUGUAUCUAAGGAGGAGAGACCAGAGCUUGUGAAGAAAGUUUACAAAUGGAACACAAAAGAGGAGGCGAAGCAGGCAUUUAAAGAACUGCUGAAAGAAAAGGGUGUUUCUUCCAAUGCAUCUUGGGAGCAGGCGAUGAAGCUGAUCAUUAACGACCCUCGAUACAGCGCCCUGCCCAAGCUGAGUGAAAAGAAACAGGCGUUCAAUGCUUAUAAAGUCCAGACAGAGAAAGAGGAGAAGGAAGAAGCCAGAAUCAAGUACAAGGAAUCUAAAGAGACGUUCCAGCGCUUCCUGGAGAACCAUGAGAAGAUGACUUCAACCACCAGAUACAAGAAAGCAGAGCAGAUGUUUGGUGAUCAGGAGGUUUGGUCAUGUGUUCCAGAGAGGGACAGACUGGAGAUCUAUGAGGACGUGCUCUUUUAUCUGGCAAAGAAAGAGAAGGAACAAGCAAAGCAGCUGAGGAAGAGGAACUGGGAGGCACUGAAGAACAUACUGGACAAUAUGGCCAAUGUGACAUACAGAACCACCUGGUCUGAAGCUCAGCAGUACCUGCUGGACAACCCCACCUUCGCUGAGGACGAGGAGCUGCAGAACAUGGAUAAGGAGGAUGCCCUGAUCUGUUUUGAGGAACACAUCCGUGCGCUUGAGAAAGAGGAGGAGGACGAGAAGCAGAAAACUCUGCUGCGAGAGAGACGCAGGCAGCGCAAAAACAGAGAGUCCUUCCAGAAAUUCCUGGAUGAGCUUCAUGAUCACGGGCAGCUGCACUCAAUGUCUGCCUGGAUGGAGAUGUAUCCGACUGUCAGUGCUGAUAUCCGCUUCAACAAUAUGCUGGGCCAGCCAGGGUCCACUCCUCUGGACUUAUUAAAGUUUUAUGUGGAGGAUCUGAAAGCUCGUUACCAUGAUGAGAAGAGGAUCAUUAAAGACAUCCUGAAGGAUAAAGGCUUCCUGGUGGAGAUCAACACGUGCUUUGAGGACUUCGGUUCCGUGAUCAGCUCUGAUAAACGUGCAACCACUCUGGAUGCAGGAAACAUCAAACUGGCCUUUAACAGCUUGUUAGAGAAGGCAGAAGCGCGUGAAAGAGAGAGGGAGAAAGAAGAGGCGAGGAAGAUGAAGAGGAAGGAGGCGGCAUUUAAGAGCAUGCUGAAACAGGCCACGCCCCCUCUGGAACCUGAGACCACAUGGGAGGGAGUGCGUGAGCGGUUCCUGAAAGAGACGGCGUUUGAGGAUGUCACACUGGAGUCGGAGAGGAAGAGGAUAUUCAAAGACUUUAUGCAUGUUCUAGAGCACGAGUGUCAGCAUCAUCACUCCAAAACUAAAAAACACUCAAAGAAAUCCAAGAAACACCACAGAAAACGUUCCAGGUCUCGAUCUGGUUCAGAGUCUGAGGACGAUGACUAUCACUCGAAGAAGAAGAAAUGUUCGACAUCUAAAUCUGCAUCCGAGCACUCGUCUUCCGGAGAAUCCGAGAGAAGUUACAAGAAAUCAAAGAAGCACAAGAAGAAGGGGAAGAAGAGGAGACACAAAUCAGCCUCUCCUGAGUCUGACGGAGAGAAAGAUCGGAAGGGAAGAGAGAAAGAGAAGGAAAUAGAGAAUGACAAAUCUAGAGGGAAAACACGUGGAGAAUCCAAACAGAAAUCCCCCAAAAGAAAGAGUGCUAAAGAAGAGGGUGGAUGGGAUACGUCUGGUAGUGAACUGAGUGAAGGAGAGUUGGAGAAGAGGAGACGCACUCUUUUAGAACAGCUUGACGCACCGUAAAUCAAUCUCUUCAGUCUGUCCAUCUCUCUCUAACAUGCAUUCCUGUAUUGUGUUUUCAUCCCUUUGGAAUGUGCUCACGAACAGUUAGUUUUGGAUUUGUGGCUCUGUAUUCCUUCAUAUUAAAGCUCUCUUUUGAGACCGUAUUGUCUCAACAGCAGCUCCUUUUGGCUUAGCGGCAUGUUUGUACGAUUAUUUUCAGAGGUUAGUCUUCUUGCAAGUGUUUUGUUUGCCUUGCAGUGCAGAAUCUUCCAAACCUUUUUUUAGGUUGGCAUAUCUGUUAUUGCAAAUAGUUUCUUAAAACUUUGCUUAUGAAAUGGAAAAAUGCACACAUACCUGCAUAAACCGUAAUUGUUCAACCUCACAUCUGUAAGAUUGCCUGUAAAACCCAUUUUUGGAAAGUAAUGUUAUCAUUGUGAAGAAAAAAAUGUCUGCAAGCCUGUUUUAAACUUUCAUUUUGACAA